GUCAGCCCUUGUUAACUACUUGUACUAGCUUAACAAAAUCUUACUAAUGCAAUGGAUUUCAUUUCACUUGCAAAGUAAUUAUGUUUAGAGUGAGAGCCAGUAUCUGAGCUCCUGGCACAGAACAGAAUUCCCCAGAUAAUUUGAAUGAAGACUAAAGCAAGGAAGAUUUACAGGGGUGCUGGCAAAUUUGAGAAGCAGCAAGGCACCCAACGACAACAGCAGUGGGAAACCACUACCUUUCCUAGGCCUGAAAGGGACGGGGAAAAGUGGAAUCACUAGCAUGAUUGCCAGUGAGAUUUGGAACCAGACAGUGGCCACCCAGCAGGAGCUUUUGUCAAAGAGAAUAGAGUCCAAAGAUGUGGCAACCAAUGAAAACGGGAUUUGGGAAGAAAUACCCUGACCUCUGACCUCCUGUCUCCAUUCCCCUCCUCAGCCUCUGGUUGGAUGAACCAAUGGGAAGUGAGCAGGCAAGUGAGCAGGUAAGCGGAGUCAGGGGGCUAGGUCAUUGGUAUCAGAUUUCAAGGUACAGAAUAGGGCCAGGAAAGCAUGGCCGCAGGACAGACUAACCAGAUAGGCAUCACGUGCUCAUAGUGCUGAGCGUGAGAUGGUGUAGAGCAAGUAUUCUCUUCUUCCUAUUGCUUCUUAGGGUUUGGAUGACGGCUUGUUCAUGCCUCUCUUACAUACCAGCAAGACCAUUGAGGCAAAGAGAGAAAGAGGAAGCGAGGCACCACCUAAGAAAAAAAUUUUUCAUCAAAAUAUCAUAUUUUUCUGAAACCUGACUCUCAAUGUCCAUGUUGAGAAGUUCUCCGUGUAAACUCUCCCCUAGUUCAUGGCUGCCACUGGACAGGGCACCAAGGACAUGGAGGUCCAGCAGAGGGAAUGUCAUCCCUGGUAGCUCUAAGACCACGCUGAUGCUGGAGGAACCUCACCAACUGCUCUGCAGGGAUGAUAGCCUCAAGGGAAGGGAUAAAGAUGUCAGGGUAAAGCAGCAGAAUCAAGUUCAAAAGCCUUGCUAGUCUUCAUGGUUGUGACCAGGAGCAAGCAGGAGUGAUUAUUCUAAAGUGGACAGUGGAGGAGGAUCCACUAGGCCAUCAGAAUGGAAGCGAGGAAAGGAAAUCGGCUGACACAGGAGCCAGAGUGAGACCGAUGAACCCACAAACCUACACCAUGAAUUUGUGUCUCUUUUCCUCAUUGUAAGAGCCAAGGGCCAGUGAAGUUGCCAGAGAGCAAUGGCUCUUUUUACUCCGUGGAAGCUGUCCUCUCAGAAGCUGGGAUUUUUCCUCGUGACUUUUGGCUUUAUUUGGGGCAUGAUGCUCCUCCAUUUUACCAUCCAGCAGCGAACUCAACCUGAAAGCAGCUCCAUGCUGCGUGAGCAGAUCUUGGACCUCAGCAAGAGGUACAUCAAGGCGCUGGCAGAAGAAAACAGGAAUGUGGUGGACGGACCAUACGCUGGAGUCAUGACCGCUUAUGAUCUGAAGAAAACUCUUGCCGUGUUGUUGGAUAAUAUUUUGCAGCGCAUUGGCAAGUUAGAAUCAAAGGUGGACAACCUUGUAAUCAAUGGCACAGGAACAAACUCGACCAACUCCACAACAGCUGUCCCCAGCUUGGUAGCACUUGAGAAAAUUAAUGUGGCAGAUAUCAUUAAUGGAGCUCAAGAAAAAUGUGUAUUGCCUCCUAUGGAUGGCUACCCCCACUGCGAGGGGAAAAUCAAGUGGAUGAAAGAUAUGUGGCGCUCAGAUCCCUGCUACGCAGAAUAUGGAGUGGAUGGAUCCACCUGCUCCUUUUUUAUUUACCUCAGUGAGGUUGAAAAUUGGUGUCCUCGUUUACCUUGGAGAAUAAAAAAUCCCUAUGAAGAAGCGGAUCAUAAUUCUUUGGCAGAAAUUCGUACGGAUUUUAAUAUUCUCCAUGGUAUGAUGAAAAAGCAUGAAGAAUUCCGGUGGAUGAGACUACGGAUCCGACGAAUGGCUGAUGCUUGGAUCCAAGCAAUCAAGUCCCUGGCAGAAAAGCAGAAUCUUGAAAAGAGAAAAAGGAAGAAAGUCCUUGUUCACUUGGGACUCCUGACUAAGGAAUCUGGAUUUAAGAUUGCAGAGACAGCUUUCAGUGGUGGCCCUCUUGGUGAAUUAGUUCAGUGGAGUGAUUUAAUUACAUCUCUGUAUUUACUGGGCCAUGACAUUAGGAUUUCAGCUUCACUGGCUGAGCUCAAGGAAAUAAUGAAGAAGGUUGUAGGAAACCGAUCAGGCUGCCCAACUGUAGGAGACAAAAUUGUUGAGCUCAUUUAUAUUGAUAUUGUAGGACUCGCUCAAUUCAAGAAAACUCUUGGACCAUCCUGGGUUCAUUACCAGUGUAUGCUCCGAGUCCUAGAUUCAUUUGGCACCGAGCCAGAGUUUAACCACGCUAACUAUGCCCAGUCAAAAGGCCACAAGACCCCCUGGGGCAAAUGGAAUCUGAACCCACAGCAAUUCUAUACCAUGUUCCCUCAUACUCCAGACAACAGCUUUCUGGGGUUUGUGGUUGAGCAGCACCUGAACUCCAGUGACAUCCACCACAUUAAUGAAAUCAAAAGGCAGAACCAGUCCCUAGUGUAUGGCAAAGUGGAUAGCUUCUGGAAGAACAAGAAGAUCUACUUGGACAUUAUUCACACAUACAUGGAAGUGCAUGCAACUGUUUAUGGCUCCAGCACAAAGAAUAUUCCUAGUUACGUGAAAAACCAUGGUAUCCUCAGUGGACGGGACUUGCAGUUUCUUCUUCGGGAAACCAAGCUGUUUGUUGGACUUGGGUUCCCCUACGAGGGCCCAGCUCCCUUGGAGGCCAUUGCAAAUGGAUGUGCUUUUCUGAAUCCCAAGUUCAACCCACCCAAAAGCAGCAAAAACACAGACUUUUUCAUUGGCAAGCCAACUCUGAGAGAGCUGACAUCCCAGCAUCCUUAUGCUGAAGUUUUCAUCGGCCGACCACAUGUUUGGACUGUUGACCUCAACAACCAGGAAGAAGUAGAAGAUGCCGUGAAAGCGAUUUUAAGUCAAAAGAUUGAGCCAUACAUGCCAUAUGAAUUUACAUGUGAGGGAAUGCUGCAAAGAAUCAAUGCCUUCAUUGAAAAGCAGGACUUCUGCCACGGGCAGGUGAUGUGGCCGCCUCUCAGUGCCCUGCAGGUGAAGCUCGCUAAGCCCGGGCAGUCCUGCAAGCAAGUGUGCCAGGAGAACCAGCUCAUCUGCGAGCCCUCUUUCUUCCAGCACCUCAACAAAGACAAGGACAUGCUCAAGUACCAGGUGACCUGCCAAAGCUCAGACCUGGCCAAGGACAUCCUGGUGCCCUCCUUCGACCCCAAGUACAAGCACUGUGUGUUUCAAGGUGACCUCCUGCUGUUCAGCUGUGCCGGCGCCCACCCCAGACACCAGAGGAUCUGCCCCUGCCGGGACUUCAUCAAGGGCCAGGUCGCCCUCUGUAAGGACUGUCUAUAGCGCAGGCCGGCUCCAAGCACACUCCGCUGGGAAAGACAUUGGCUCCAGCCCUGGGGGACGAGCCGGGGGCUCCGAGUCAUCCAGGGACUCUCGCCAGAGCCUGAACAUUUUGGUGGAAGGUUUCGAUUUGGUGUUGCUCCUACUGAGGUCAGCACCACAGUGGAGUUCUCGCCAAAAGAAAACCAGAGCAGAUGUCAGGCCCGGCGCCUGGCCUCUCCCUGGCACAAACUAUCGGGAGACUCUUGACGCAGCUGCUCCAGGAUAGAAAGAGAGUCUCAAGAUUUAUUUCAAAACAAAACCAGAAACGGAAUUGAGCGGAUUGGAGAAACUCUAUAUGGGAACAUUCUUAAACCCAUUAACUUAUUUAUUUGGGGGAGGGUGGCGGGAGGGCAAAGGGAGUGAUCACAAUUCUUGUUUCUUCUUUGAUUUUUCCACUGUUCACCAUCCGCUGUCACUAUGAUAUCCCUGUCUGCGUCGGGUGGGGUGCAGGAGGGAGAGACUGUGCUGUGGGGCUGCUGGCACUCUUGAGGGCAGCUGUGGGGACCUCACUCCUCUAAGUGAUGGUGGGACAGCAACAGGAAGUCAUGUGUGGCAUGACAGACGGCAGCUAGAGGACAGGAAUCCCUGGGGUGGGGGACCUGCCAGUGUUGUCCAGAGAGCCCGGCCAGGGACCAAAGAUGGGGCUGCUUUGCAGUGAGAGAGUCUCCUUUUCUCUCUCUGCCCGCCCCCCGCCCCCGACACAGUUUGGUCCUAAUUUCGGUUAGACUUCCUUUAGGAAAAAAUGCGAUGGCGGGGAGUUGACAUUUGCCAACGUGUAGUAAAUCGGACCUCCCUUCCGUGCCCCAGGAGGGACGAGGGGAGAGACACAGAGCUGUGAGUUAUCUUGAGCUUGCAGAUCUUGCUCACUAGUCCCCCGGAGGGUUCUCAUUGAACUGGGGUUCCGACAAGACUGCAGCUGGCCCCGUCACUGAAGUCCAGGAAUCUAGGACCCGCUUUGCACUUGAUGUUGGC